UGGGACGCCGAGGAGAAGACAGGGAGGGUUUGUCUGCUUCUGGGGAAGGAUUUUCUGUCGUCGUUGCCGACAUAGGCGGUGGAAAUACACUGAGCUGAAUUUCAGGUGGUGUAGACGCUGGAGAGGACCGCGUUUCUGUUCAGAGAGCAAUAGAUUGAAUAUUUUUUUCUACAGAUGGCUCAGACUGGUCAUUGCUGCAGUCAUUUUGGAAUAUCAGCAGCUCUCAGGAUUAUUGCUGGACAAUUGGAUCAAAUCUACCAAAUCACAAAUCCUUCCUCAUGAGGAAAGAUGGGGAACGGAUUGUCAGAGCAACCUAGCUUCUUCUCAAACAUCCCGUUCUUCCAGUCUUUUCACAUCGCCAUCCUCGGGCUGGACUCCGCAGGGAAGACCACCGUUCUGUACAGACUGCAGUUCAAUGAGUUUGUUAACACUGUGCCCACCAAAGGUUUCAAUGCGGAGAAGGUCAAGCUGUCUCUGGGUGGCCACAGGACUGGGACGUUCCACUUCUGGGAUGUAGGUGGCCAGGAGAAGCUACGGCCCCUGUGGAAGUCGUACACGCGAUGCACGGACGGCAUCAUAUUCGUGGUGGAUUCUGUGGACGCAGAGCGCAUGGAGGAGGCCAAGACGGAGCUCCAUAAAAUCGCCAAGACCUCUGAAAACCAGGGGGUGCCCCUGCUGGUGGUAGCCAACAAACAGGACUUGAGGCACUCUCUGGGACUUGCUGAAAUUGAGAAAUUGCUGGCACUGAAAGAACUGGGUCCUGCAACUCCUUGGCACCUGCAGCCAGCCUGUGCUAUCAUAGGAGACGGACUCAGGGAGGGCCUGGAGAAGCUCCACGACAUGGUCCUUAAAAGGAGAAAGGUGCUCCGGCAACAAAAGAAAAAGAGAUAAACUUGUCAUGAGAAAGACUUGUCUGCUGUUUAUAUGUGAAGGAAUCAAAGGAAAUUCUUCUGGAUGAAUACAGGCAUCCACUGCAGGUCCAGAUUCAACAUACUGAGUUUUAUCAGUCCAAAAUUGAGAUUUAGGAUUCACGGUCUUGGUCUUGGGAUGAUGCUGUUGAUCAGGAAGUGACACAUAAAGGAAUACAGUAUGAAGAUGAGAAAGUUACAGACAUGUGUGGAUAUGAUGUAAAGAGUUUAUAUGGAUUAAAAAGCACUGAGGGUUUGGGGUCUGGAAGGGUGAUAGAAGUUAAGGAUGCCGUAUGUUUCAUGACUGGCUAAUGGCUGCUCCAAACAAUAUUACCAAAAAUAAUUUAAGAAAAGGCUUUGACAAGUUGAAGGGUUAUUUGGUAAAUGAUAACACUGUUAAACCAGAGGGGCAAUGAAAUAUACAUCAGUUUUAUUUUACUGUUUUAUAUGUUAUUAUAAUUUGUUCAUUUUUUACACUGGACUUUAUUGGUUAAAGAAAAGUAUUAUGAAUCAUCACAUUAUCGAUUUGUUUGCUGGCUUAUAUCUCUUGCACUUUAGAUUAUCACUUCGUAUGAAGUUUACAGUUUAAAUAGAAGAUAUUGUGUUGGAUUUUACAGAAAUGUUUGGGCAAAAUACAACAGAUGUUACUGUAGUUGGUCCACACUGGCCACAUUGUCAUUAGACAGGUAAUGCAUUAUGUUUUGCUUAAUAAAACAUAUUUAGAGCAA